CGCAGCCUUCUGGUUGCUAGGAGACGGGACGCACCGGAAGGGGCGGAGCUUCGGCCUACCCACAAAGCCUUGCGCGGCAAAGAUGGCGGCGCUGAGCAGCCCGGCAACAUGGCGGCGGGGUUGGCUGCCCUCCGUUCAGUUCAUCCGGUGCGGCUCCAAAGCGGUCACCCGGCACUGGAAGGCCAUGCAUUUCCAGCGGCAGAAGCUGAUGGCCGUCACCGAGUACAUCGCACCGCGGCCUGUUGUCCCUGAGCGCUGUGUGGCGCCUAAAGGGAAGGAGGAGGAGGAGGAGGAGGAAUACGGUUACGCCCGGCUGCUCAGGCGGCAGGUGGAGGAGGCAUUCCGAGAUAACAGGAUGAUCGCUGUGUGUCAAUACAACUAUUUACCCGGGGAGGACAUGGUGCUGAUGAGACACUACCUGAGGAAGCAUAACAUUGAGGUCAAAUUCGUCCUGAAUGAGAUCAUCCGGCCUGUGUUGUCCCAAUCCCGCUAUAAGAACCUCCUCCCUCUCUUUGUGACCCGGAAUAUCCUCCUGGUGAGCCCAGAAACCAAAGUCAAGGAGAUGCUGAGGGUCCUGAAGGGAGUUCCACAGAUCAACCUGCUGGGCGCCUGCAUUGACGACACCAUCCUGAGCAGGCAGGGAGUGGAGAACUUUGCCAAGCUGCCUUCACUGGAGGCUUCCCAUGGGCAGACAUUGGGCACCCUGGCACUGCUGCCCUCCCAGACGUGCUCCAUGCUGCAGCACGCGGCCUCACACCUCUCAGCGCUGCUGGAUGGGCACAUCCACCAGCUGCAGGGUCAGACAGGGAGCCCAGCAGGGACAGAACCUACACAGAGCACAGGGACACAGUGAUGCUCAUCCCCAGCCCCCAGUUGGGCUCUGUCACCUGCAGGGUUUAAAGGUUCCCUUUGCUCAGCCCUUUGCUCUGCUCCCUGCACCAGCGGCAUAUGGGGUCGGCCCAGCUGUGACCCCAUAUGGGAUGUGCUCAGGGAAGCUCUGGUUCUGAUGAGGGGUCAGAACCCCGCAGCAGUGCUGGCAUGGAGGACAUGCAAUGCUCAGUGCUGUGUAGGGCUGUGCUGCAGCUCUCCCUAAUGGCAGGCAUAGAGCUGAGCUGUCCCAUUAAAGCUGGUUGCGUGGUGGUAGCGA